CUCGAAGAAAGCUGAUCGUGACGGUCGUGUUUGUUGUGCGUUGCAGUUGAGUGAUUUCUUGCCGUGAGCGCGCGCGUAUUCAAUUUUCGUUGUUGAAAUUGAUGUUGAUUAAAAAGUGCCAGCCAAAUAUAUAAUUGAAAUAGUAAAUUGAAAUUGAAUGAUAAAGAAACAAGCUUGCAUUCGAAGAAAAAAACCAACUUGUGUGUGUGUAAGUGAUUUUGUGUGUGUGCGUGACAGUGUGUGUGUGUGUGCUGUGAGCGUUCGUGAAAAAAUGCACUAAACAAGAAAUCAACGGAAAUUAGCGAAAACAACAACAACAGCAACAACAAUGCUAAACUAAAAGGCGCUCAAAACCAAAAUCAGAAGUAAAACACAACUUAAAAUUCCGGAUUUGUGUGCAAAGCAAGAAAAUGCAAAACACGAUGCAAACUUUAGCCGCUGUCGGCGCUGCUGGUGCUGCUUCUGCUGCUGCGGAGGCGCCAGACUUUGAUUUCCAGAUGCCGUGUCGCUAUUUCAAAAGUUCUUUUGCGCGUUCGCUUUCGCUGAACAACAACAACAACAAUAACAGCAUUUCUUUAACGUUGGCCAAGAAGUCGCCGCAGAUUGAGGCCAAGCAGCAGCAACAACAACAACAACAGGAGUCGGCACAGGAAUCACCCUGUUUAACGCCGCCGCCAGCGUUGCCCGCGCGGCGUCACACAUCAGCCAGCAACAACAACAACAACAACUGUUUUACACAUUUCAACGCAGCGCCGGCUAAUCAGCUGCAACAACAACAGCAACAACUGCAACAACUACAACGGAAUCUUAACUUGGCCGUCAGUUGGUCAAUGCAGGAUGCCAGUUGCCAUGUUGCCGCACCCAAUAACAGCUACAACAACUUGCCGCAGCAGCAACAACAUCAGCCAGCCACAGCCACAGCAACAGCCACAGCAACCGUAGCAGCAACACACGAGCAAACUUUAAAUGUCGAGGCUGUCAUAUUGCAAAAUCAGGUGGAUACAUUGCAUUGGCAAUUGAAGCAGACGGAAACCAAUUGUGAAAUGUAUCGCGCUGUUAUGGAGGAAGUGGCACGCUUCUUUGAGCGCUAUCAGCAGCAACAGCAACUGCAACAGCAGCAGCAACAACAGCUGCAGCAGCAACAGCAGCAACAGCAACAACGUCAGCCACCAUCGAAUCGUUAUAGUCUGAUUGGUGUCGGUGAGCAAAUCUCCCGCUCAAAGAGUCUGCAUCAUGUGGUGCAGGGCGUACAGAGUGAUCCGAAUGGUUGUGUCGACCAUCCCACUGGCGGUGGCAGCAACAACAUGAGCAGCUCAGCUGCCAGCAACUCUGCCUCGUAUUUGCGUGCACGCAGCAGCACAAAUCUGAUGCUCAAUAAAUCGAUGCUGACAAUGAAUGAGGAGCACAGCUACGAGAGCAUUGCACCAGCGGGCAGCUACAAUGCCUUCAAGGACUUUACCUGGCGACGCUCACCCAAAAAGCUGGGCGGCUGCAAGACGCGUCUCUCCAGCGCUGAAGCGGCCGAGGAGAAGCUCAACCAGGAGGCGUUCCGCUUGGCGCGCACCAUACGCAAUCUGCUGCACACGUCGGAACAGCAGCCGGAUCUUACCCAGCCUCGUCACUCGAUGGCCGGCGGUGUUGGGCAUCGUCUUGGCAAGCAUCAGCUGACCAACAACUCUGUGCUGACAAUUCACAGCCCACCGCUGCACAAUUCGACCAGCAUAGAUGCUAAUCCCGGCAAGAACGAUAACAAUAACAACAACAACAACAAUAAUAUCAAUAUCAACAGCAACGGCAGCAACAGCAAUGCUCCCAGCAGCGCUGAGAUGCUAUUCUUACGCUCGAAUACAAUGCGAGAUUCGCGUCUAUCGCUGCGUAGCUCCACCGAUAGCUCUGUGCAUUCCACCAUCUCCUCGACGGCUUCAUCCUCAUCGAAAAUCGAAACCGAUGAGGAGAUCACAGCCAACAACAACAACAGCAGCAUCAGCAGCAACAACAACAACAACAACAAGCCAAUUAAACCAGCUGGCAAUGGUUCCAGCACAGAGGAUGAGAGUGGAUUUAGCUCCAUCAGCUCCUUUCAUGAUGUCGGCCUGCCGCUUAGCUCGACGCUAAUUGCCGGCCGUCUGUCGCUCUCCACGGAAAGUCGCAACUCGACGCUGAAGUCGGCUCUGAAUGCGGUGGGUGUGCCACUGCAACCACUGCAAGCGCAACCACUACAGCAACCAAUGCAGCCACAGCACUCGCCACCGCAGCAGCCAUCGCAGUCUCCAGCAAAGACCUAUCGCAAUGCCAAUCGUUAUCAGCGCUUCUCCACGCUCUCCAACGAGGAUGCAGCUGCUGUGCUUUGGGUCUAGAUGAAACAAUUUCAUUUUCUCAAAAUUGUACACCUUACAACACCACCACCAGCAGCCCCCUUCCAGUGGAACUCUCCGUUUAAGUUAAGUUUUAGUUAUUUGUGCCUUUCGUUAAGCUCUUUUAGCUGUUGUCUAAGUUAAAUUGCAACAUUUUUCGAAUAUGUACGAUAUGUUUUUGAAACCGCCUUUAUUUUAUAAUUAUGUAUUUUAGUUUUCAGUUUCUUAUCUCGAAUACGCCGCAUUUUUACAUUUAACAUUUUUGUAAAGUUUUAAGCUUAAGUUUUGCAGUAUUUAUACAAUUUUGCAGCUCUCUAAAAAUAAAAGUAGAUUUAAAACAU